AUGGAGGAGGAAGUCGCAGCCCUCGUCAUCGACAAUGGUUCGGGUAUGUGCAAGGCCGGUUUCGCCGGUGACGAUGCGCCCCGAGCAGUCUUCCCUUCCAUCGUUGGCCGACCGCGUCACCAUGGUAUCAUGAUUGGUAUGGGCCAGAAGGACUCCUACGUCGGUGAUGAGGCACAGUCGAAGCGUGGUAUCCUGACCCUGCGAUACCCCAUUGAGCACGGUGUCGUUACCAACUGGGACGACAUGGAGAAGAUCUGGCAUCACACUUUCUACAACGAGCUGCGUGUUGCCCCCGAGGAGCACCCCGUCCUGCUCACCGAGGCUCCCAUCAACCCCAAGUCCAACCGUGAGAAGAUGACACAGAUUGUCUUCGAGACCUUCAACGCUCCCGCUUUCUACGUCUCCAUCCAGGCUGUCCUGUCCCUGUACGCCUCCGGACGUACUACCGGUAUCGUGCUCGACUCCGGUGACGGUGUCACUCACGUUGUCCCCAUCUACGAGGGUUUCGCUCUUCCCCACGCCAUCUCCCGUGUCGACAUGGCUGGUCGUGAUCUGACUGACUACCUCAUGAAGAUCUUGGCUGAGCGCGGUUACACUUUCUCCACCACCGCCGAGCGAGAAAUCGUCCGUGACAUCAAGGAGAAGCUCUGCUACGUCGCUCUUGACUUCGAGCAGGAGAUCCAGACUGCCAGCCAGUCCUCCAGCUUGGAGAAGUCCUACGAGCUUCCCGACGGUCAAGUCAUCACCAUUGGCAACGAGCGUUUCCGUGCUCCUGAGGCUCUCUUCCAGCCUUCCGUCUUGGGUCUUGAGAGCGGUGGUAUCCACGUCACCACUUUCAACUCCAUCAUGAAGUGCGAUGUCGACGUCAGGAAAGACCUGUACGGCAACAUCGUCAUGUCUGGUGGAACCACCAUGUACCCCGGUAUCUCCGACCGUAUGCAGAAGGAAAUCACCGCCCUCGCCCCAUCCUCGAUGAAGGUCAAGAUCAUCGCUCCCCCGGAGCGCAAGUACUCCGUCUGGAUCGGUGGUUCUAUUCUCGCCUCGCUCUCCACCUUCCAGCAGAUGUGGAUCUCAAAGCAGGAGUACGACGAGAGCGGUCCCUCCAUCGUCCACCGCAAGUGCUUCUAA